AUGUAAUAGUGUUGCAAUGUUUCAACUUAAGACGAGAAUGAUAAUCUUUCACAAGGCUUGAGUUGGUAUUUUGUUAGCAUUACCAUAUAUAGUGAAAGUAUUUAAGACGAAUGUGAACGCCAAAUAAAAAAGUUAUAAAAGAACAAAAAUAAGACUUCCUUCAUCGUGAAAGUCAAAACUGAGGUAUUUCCAGUCUUUAUUUAUUUAUAGAUUUGCAAAUAUUGGUCAAUAGAAGGCUAUUGCCCUUAUGGAAAACAAGUAUAUUGAAGUAUAAUUAAAUUAGUGUGCAUUUGCUCAUGGAAAACAUGAAAUUAGGCAAAAGGUGCAUGUUCCACAUAAUUACAAAACACAAAUUUGUAAAAAUUAUACCAAGGAUGGGUAUAUAUUGAAUAAUUAACAUUAGGUAUUGUUGCUACGGAGAAAGGUGUUAAUUUAAGCAUCCAGAGAAAAAAGGAAAUAAGCUUCCACCUCUUACUUACUAAAAUCUUCUCAACAACAUAGAGAAUCUCUUUUUAAAACAAAAGUAUAACAUUUUUAGUAUAUAUAGUCUUAUUAAAAAUUCAAAAAGGAGUAAGGGUUUACCUUAUAAAUUGUGA